AUGCCAUGUCACAACAACUCGGCUUGGUUUUUAAUAUUUUGUGCAUUUGGAGUAUUUUGUUCCUACUCUCUCUAUGCAAUACUCCAAGAGACAAUAACUAAAGCUAAAUACGGUCCAAAUAAUGAGUCAUUCAACUUUAUUCUAUCAACUUUAUUUAUACAAUGCCUUGUUAAUGCAAUCAUCGCAAAAAUCGCUCUCCAAGUUAAGCCUGAGCCAGAGGUAACGAAAAUAGCCACAAAGGACUAUGCUUUAUGCGCCUUGAGUUAUAUUGGGGCAAUGUUUAGCAGCAAUACUAGCCUUCAUUAUGUAGAUUAUCCAACUCAAGUUGUUGGAAAGUCUAUCAAACCUAUACCUGUAAUGCUUUUGAGUAUCAUCUGGGCUCGAAAGCGGUAUCCACUUAGGCGAUAUCUGUUCGUCGGAAUGAUCACUGCCGGUGUGAUUUUGUUUAUGUACAAGGGUAAUCACUCCAAAUCUGGUGCCUCUGUCGAUCUGGGAUGGGGUCAUAUCCUUUUGCUUAUUUCUUUGACUUUGGACGGCUUUACUGGUGGAAUGCAGGAGGACUUUCGAUCUCGAACCCACAUUGGUCCCUACUCGCUAAUGAUGAGGCUAAAUCUUUGGUCGCUUUUAUAUCUUUGGUUAGCUGUUAUUGCGAAAAAUGAGCUGUUCGCCUUUCUACUUUUUGUGAAGACAUAUCCAUUUGUUCUUGUAUAUAUCCUUCUCUUUGGAAUUGUUAGUGCUGUUGGGCAGAUGUUCAUCUACACAACGAUCAUCAAUUUUGGCUCCUUGAUGUGCUCCAUUGUAACAACUACGAGAAAAUUCUUCACAGUUCUCGCAUCAAUAGCACUUUUUGGACAUGCAAUUUCAACACAACAGGUUCUCGGUGCAGCACUGGUUUUCAGUGGCCUUUUAGCUGAUCAGAUCAUGGGUAAAGAUAGGCACAAGACGCACAAAGAAGUUGAGCAUUCUCGUAAAGUGGUUGGACUAUCUGAAGAUGCAAGACUCAAGAAGGAAUGUUUGUGGGCAAUUGGCGAAAAUGAUUAUGAUGAGGCCUGUCGAUGUCAGAUUGUCUUAACAGGAUAUCCUCUUUACUUCAUUUUUUCUCAGGAAGAAAAUUGGCUACUUCCAGUUGUAAUUGCGGUGGUUGUGGAUUUGAGAAAGUUCGCACAUCGACUGGAUGUCACAAGCGGUAUUCGAGUAGCCGAGGGAGACGACACCUCUUAUAGUAGUUAUCUGGAACGUGUGGCUCAGUCUAUAAUGAGGCUCUUUCAAACUUGCGCAGCCGACGGACGCACGAGAAUCGAGGAUUCAAAGAAGUGCGGAAUGAUGGGGCUGGCUAAUCAACUAUUCAAAAUCUAUUUUCAUAUUAAUAAGCUCAACUUGUGCAAACCUAUUAUUCGAGCCAUUGAGAAUAUGAAUAUUGAUAAUUAUUUCACUCUUGCUCAACGUGUCACCUAUAACUACUAUGUUGGGCGAAAGGCUAUGUUUGAUGGUGAUCUAAAGUUGGCAAACAAAUGCUUAACAUAUACCUUUGAACGCUGCUUGGCGUCAAAUAGAGCAAACAAGAGGUUAGCUCUUAUCUACCUCAUUCCGGUUAGAAUGCUUUUGGGAAUCAUUCCCAAAGGCAGUCUUCUUCACAAAUAUGAUUUGAUGGAAUUUGAGGGUAUUGCGAUUGCCGUUAAAAAUGGAAAUUUGCAGAAACUGCAUGAUGAAUUAGAGAAAAAUGAGGCCUUCUUUAUAUCUUGUGGCAUCUAUUUGAUUUUGGAAAAGCUGAAGAUGAUUACUUAUCGGAACUUAUUCAAAAGAAUAGCUCAAAUCCUAAAUACCCAUUUGCUUCCAAUUGGUGCCUUUAUGAAAGCCCUGAAAACGAUGGGAGUUGAAGAUAUAGAUGAGGAUGAAACAGAGUGCAUCUUGGCGAAUUUAAUUUACGAGGGCAAAAUCAAGGGUUAUCUGGCACACCAACAGCAAAAACUUGUUGUCAGUAAACUCCAGGCUUUCCCUCCGCUAUAG